CUGUACAGUGUAGAGUUCAGUCCAUUCCUUCUGAUUCCUCACUACAAUGGCUGCAUGUAAGAAGCAGGCUGGGAUCCUUCUGAUCUUUGCACUGCAGUUCCUCUUUAUUGAUGGGGCCAAAAUCCUGACAAUCUGCUUAAUUGGUGGGAGUCAUUACCUUCUAAUGGAUCAGAUCUCCCAGAUCCUCCAUAACAAUGGACAUGAAGUGAGAAUGUUUCUGCAGUCCACAGAAGGAACACUUCCAGGUUACAAGCGACAACCAAGUCCAUAUCCAGUGACCACCUAUUCCCUGGAUGAGAAAUAUCUUCAGGAAUUUAUGGAUCAUUUUGUAGAAAAUCAGAAAAAGUUCCUUACGGGCAGUCAAGGAAUUCAGUCUAUCCUUACAUUUUUGAAGGAUCUGUCUUACCAGUGCAACAUAACAUUGCACCAGACAGAAAUCUUAAACUUCUUGAAGGAGGAACAUUAUGACAUUGCGGUGGUGGAGGCAUUCAACCCUUGCACUUUUUUGGUCUCUGAAAAGCUGGGACUCCCUUUUAUUGCUUUCUUUCCUGGGAUGAUGGCCAAUGCUGAUCGUGUAGGAAUGCCGACUCCUCUGUCGUAUAUUCCAUUGUUCCAGACGCAGCUUUCUGACCAGAUGGAUUUCUUUGGACGUUUAAAGAACACAAUGAUGUUUCUGGGUUCAUUAGUAAUCCAGAAAAAGAUGGACUCGCUGUAUGAUGAUGUCAUCGAAGAGCAUUUUCCUGCUGAGUCUAGACCAACUAUAGCUGAUCUUAUCUUGAAAGCUGAGCUCUGGCUGUACAAUAUAGACUUCACCCUUGAGUAUCCUCGUCCACUUCUGCCUCACGUUCAGUACAUUGGGGGAUUAUUGGCCAAACCUGUAAAACCAAUAUCACAAGAACUGGAAGACUUUAUUUCUGAGUCCGGAGAUGCUGGGUUCAUUGUGGUGACGCUGGGAUCGAUGUUGUCCUCAGUCCCUCUAGUGGAAUUCAUGAAGGAGAUGAAUGGUGGAUUUGCUAAGAUUCAGCAGAAGGUGAUCUGGAGGUAUCAGAGGUCAAAAUGGCCACAAGAUGUGGAAAUUCCUCCAAAUGUGAAAAUCAUGGACUGGUUGUCGCAGAACGAUUUACUGGGGCACCCCAAAGUUCGUCUUCUGGUGACACAUGGAGGAAUGAACAGUUUGAUGGAAGCUGUGUACCAUGGUGUUCCUGUUCUUGGGAUUCCACUUUUUGGGGAUCAGCAUGAAAAUAUGGCCAGAGUAAAAUACCGUGAAAUGGGAACCUAUAUUCCACCCGAGCAACUUAAAGCUGAAAACUUUGCCAGCACUAUUCAACACAUCAUAGAAAAUAAAAGCUACAAGACAUCAGCAAUGAAGCUACAAGCUAUUAGGAGGUCACAGCCCUUUCCUCCAGACCAGCAAUUACUCAGAUGGGUGGAGCACAUCAUCCAAUCGGGUGGAGGCAGUCAUCUUCAUCCCUAUUCUUACAAACUGCCCUGGUAUCAGUAUUGGCUGCUGGAUGUCAUCCUUUUCCUCUUCAUCAUCCUCACUGUGGCCACCUACCUCAUUGUGACACUAUUCAGGUCUCUCAUUAGGAAAUGUUGUUCUCCAAAAAAAUUAAAGAGGAACUAAUAAUCGAA